GGCGAGUUGGGAAAUACAAUUGUUGGACAGUCCACUACUGAAGUACGUGAGCCGAUCGAUUCACAAGGGAUAGUUUUUAUAACCUUAAGAACAAAUAACACACUUUUAAACAAACAAAUGGAAAACAACGAAACAGACGGAAAGGGUGUUAAAUAUUAUCGACUGUCAGAGGUGGAGGAAAGGAACUCUUUUAAAAGCACAUGGAUUAUCAUUAAUAAUAAAGUGUACGACGUCACAAAGUUUCUCGAGGAGCACCCGGGUGGAGAGGAGGUGCUGCGAGAGCAGGCGGGUGGAGAUGCCACCGAGAGUUUUGAAGAUGUGGGUCACUCCACAGAUGCACGAGAGAUGGCCAGCUCUUUUGUCAUAGGAGAGCUGCAUCCAGAUGACAGGGACAAGUUUGUCAAACCACCAGUUUCAACGAGCGUACAAGAAAGCACAAGCUGGUGGUCAAACUGGUUGAUUCCUGGCCUUGCCGCGCUGAUCGUCACCAUGAUGUACCGUAUCUACACGGCUGAGGAGGCAUGAUGGGAUGCUUCUCUCUUAAUCCAUUUCAGGUUUUCCCAUUACUAUAAAGAGUCUCCUAAUGAAGGCAA